GUCAUCCUGAGCGGCGAUGACUUGGCUAGCUUUGUCUAUGCUUUUCAUUCAGGCAGUAUGGGUUUCCUCGUGCGUUUUUGACAAAGUGGAGAAGUUCCUAGGUGGGAAGGAAAGUCUCGAGACAAAAUAUGUAAACGAGAGCAGAUGCUUUGCUGAUUGCUAUGAGAACAAAUAUUGCGUCACAAUUGCAUACGGAAAAAGCAAAGGACUGUGCGUUCUCUAUGACGGUGGAAGCUAUUCAAAAGCCUGUGCGAAGGGCAGUAUUUGCUACACCCUUUCACGCAACGAGGUGGAUCCCAUGUGCCAAAGAUACGUUGAUUUUUGAAUGGAAAGAUCAAGAAUCAUGUCAUUUACCGUCUCCAAUACAGCAUGUACACGAUUGUUGGUAUAAAACU